AGCACUGCCAUCAACCAGUGAAAAUCGUUUCUAGACUGCCACGUAUUCAGCGGAUCACGUUGACUCAAUAUUCGGAAAACCAACUGACUUCUAUAAUUUUUUCAUUUCCAUAAAAUUUUCUGUCAAAUGAUACAAUAUCGAACACCAUUUCUUCUAUUUUUUUAUUUUAUUUAUAUGUGAAGUUCUGGAUUGGUUCCAGAGAAAAUAAGCCCGUCUCGUUGAGAAAAAAAGUUUGUUAAAAAUUUGAAACGAUGUCUUGUCGAAAGUCAAGACCACCAUAUGUAGCAGAGAAAUCUUUGUCACCUGAGGAACAACGAGGCAAGGUUGUUUUAUUCAGAUCCAUGAUGUUAGGAAAAUGUUGGGUGCAAAGGCUGAUAAACUUCCAGCCCUUUGUUCAGAUGCCUCAAUAAUAAGGUAUCUUAUAGCUCGGAAUUGGAAUACAAAGAAGGCAACCAAAAUGUUGGAACAAAGCUUGAAGUGGAGGCUGCAAUAUAAGCCAGAGAAUAUCAGAUGGGAAGACAUUGCACAAGAAGCUGAGACUGGAAAAAUUUAUAGAGCGGAUUACUAUGACAAGUUUGGAAGGGCAGUUCUUAUUUUGAGGCCAGGUUUCCAGAAUACAAAAUCAACAGAAUCACAGAUCAAGUACUUGGUAUAUUGUAUGGAAAAUGCUAUUAUGAAUUUGAACCCUGAGAAUGAGCAAAUGGUUUGGCUGAUUGAUUUUCAAAGGUGGACAAUGUCAAGCAUAUCAAUCAAGGUAACUCGAGAAACAGCUAAUGUCUUGCAGAAUCAUUUCCCUGAGAGAUUGGGCCUGGCAAUCCUCUAUAAUCCUCCUAAAGUAUUUGAAUCUUUUUGGGCGAUGGUGAAACCUUUCCUUGAGCCAAAGACGUACAAAAAAGUGAGGUUUGCCUACUCUGAUGACAUUCAGAGCCAGAGGAUAAUGGAAGCCCUCUUUGAUAUGGAUAAGUUGGAAACUGUUUUUGGAGGGAAAAACACAACUGGGUUCAACUAUGAAGCAUAUGCAAAACGUAUGAGGGAGGAUGAUGCUAAAAAGUCUGAAGUAAUGAAAUCUGGAAGUUUUCUACCAAUUAUUCAAUCAUCAGUUGCAUCUCAAUCACAUGAACCAGAUUCAUUUGCUUUAGAACAACAGUCAGAUUCAUUGGCUUCAGACCCAUGUUCUGAAGCUUCUGAUGAAUGUGAGUUAUCAUCUGUUGUUGAAACAGCAGGAAAGAUGGACAAUGAUAUGAAUUCACCAGCACCAACACUAAGCUGUGAGGAUGUUCCAAAGAUCGAAGCAGCAGAGACAAAGGAAGUGUAUUGACUGAGUUUGCCUGAAAUAUAAGCAUGGCGUAUGGCUUAUAUGAUUCUUCUUCCAAAUUUUGAUCAUGCUUUCUUGCAUCUUAUACAAUUAGUUCUUCCUAGAAAGAUCAACUAAUUCUGUAAUGAUGCAAGAGACAUGCGUCCUUGCACAAGGUCUCAGUUGCACAGAAGAUGGUCUUCUGCAGCCGAUUGUUAGAGAUCUAUCAACUGGCAAAAGAUAAAAAAGAAGAAUAGCCAUGUCUCACUCAGACUUCUUUCUUGCAUAUGUUAUUUUUAGAACGUUUUUCGUUUAUUUAUUUCUCAUGCAGAUAGGAGGUAAUUAUUAAGUGUGGGUACUAGCCAAUUUAGUUUGGUGCUAACCAUAGAUUGUGGGAUCAAAUGCAUGCUCACACCGAAGUGGAGAGUGGUUUGGUUUGGUAUGCAUUUAAUUAUCGCUCUCUUUUUCUAGUAAGUACAUAUAUUAUUAAAAGUUUUAGAA